GACGUCAGUAUUGCGAUUUCAAAGCAUGGACCGACGUCACUUACAUUCGGAGAGAGACUGGGACAAUGCUAGAGGGGAACUCAACACCUGCCGUGAAAAUCUUUGCCGACGCACUGGAGGAAAAAGAACGCGAAAAAUUAAAUGGAAAGGCGGGUUUCAAGAAGGCCGGUCUGAAGUUGCAUCCCGACCGCUUCCUGCGGAUGGAGUUGACAGAAAAGGAGAAGGAAGAGAAGACGAAGGAGUUUAAGUAUUUGGUAAAUUGCAAAGACAGCUUGAAAGGUCCGGACGGUAAGGAGUUGACCUUGAACCAGAAAGAGCAUCGUGACAGUCUUU